CCCUCUCAGAUCUAAUUUCCAGUAUUCCUGCAGGGAAGAGGAAGUCAGGAGAGGAGUCGGGGAAUGUGUUGAAGAGGAUGAAGUGUGAGGCGUCUCUGGAUCACCCGCCCUUCUACUACAGCAUCCACCGCCACAGCAUCCGAGGCAUGAACAUGCCCAAGUUGAACAAGUUUCUUCAGUACCUGACGGAGGCCGGCUUCAGGGUGAGUCGGACCCACUUCGACCCGACGGGGGUUCGAACCGACGCCACGCUGGAGCAGUUUAAAUCUGUCCUCACCAAGUACAGCGUGCCCACGAACACCAACGCCAGCGUCCCUCAGACGAGUGUGAGCAUGGACAAGACGCUGUGAGAGAAAUUAGAACGUGAGAAAGCCUUCCACGCUUUGAAACUAAAUCAGUCGGCUCGUCUGGUUUCUAUUCAUCUAAAGAAAGUUGCACCGAAACUACGUGGACAUGUUUUCACUUUAAUAUAUCUUUAAUCAAACCAAAAACAGAUUUUUGUAUAUUAAACUGCGGAUCCUGCAGCACAGAGGAGCCUAAUUUAUCUGCUGUUUCUCUAUUUAUGUUCAGAGUUCUUAUGAAAAUCUAUGGGUUACAAGUUGUGAUUUUAUUUUCUAGCUGGUUAAUUGUCUUGUUAUAUUUCUUGUGUGUAAAAAGAAAACGUUAAAAAAACAAAAUCAACGCAAAGCCUGAUUUGUACUGAUUUCCUGUAAUCCUUAAUUGAGCAAAAUACAAUUAUCCUGUUUUCUGAGCGAUAAAAUCAAUUAAUAAAUGUUUUAUUUUUGUUGCAUAAA